GGUAUCGGUGAGUAUGGGAUAGAAGAAGCCUGUAACUUAAUAACCAUUGUAUUAAGCAGUUGGAGUCUUCGCUUUUGCUUUUUUCUUUUUCUUCCCGUUACAAACCAUCACACCACAUCACAUCACAUCAUAUCACGUUCAUCUCAUCUCUUUCUCGAAGUUGUUUCGUUUGCUUCCGUUUCGUCUCGUCCCAUCUUUUGGUUCACUCACACACUCACUCACACACUCACCCAUCCACACUCACACUCUCUUUUGAACUCUAAAGUAAUUGAAGAAAGCACCGUGCCGCACCCUACCAUAACCUACCAUAUACAUUCUUUUGCGUGGUGUUGAACAUCUGGAUUGGGUUAGAGACUAGUCUUUAACCAUUACACUCACUUUCGCAUUCGACUUAACAGCCAAACUCAACUUUGCAAAUAUCCCCAACCUCGAGAUUACCUACAAUCCUUCCGAUAUAAGAAAGGUCGCGUGAAAGUCUGCUUUUCGGCCAACUUCCGAUCGGAUCAAACAGCUUUCCUCUCGGUCUCAACUCAACCAAGAUCCUCGAACCACAUUCUUUUAUUUACUAGUGACCCAGUCUAAUACAACAAAAUGGGAGGCAAACCACGCAACUUCGGCACGAAGGAACAUCGUCCUUCGCCAUUGCAACAAGAAGUCUCGCAAAGACCUAUCUCGAUGCAAUCGCCCAGCAUGGGUUUAGUGAGAGAUCCCAUGUUUUGGAAGAGGUUCUCGACGGCGGUACAUAUGUCGGAGGUCGAUUUGAAGGAGUUGGAGAGUGGAUUUGCUAGUGAGAGGGUGGAGAGAAAGGAUUCUAAUGGCGGAGGUGAAGAUUGGCUGGAUCAACAGUACAGGGAGAAACGUCGAUGUCACUUCAUCUGUAUUGGAGCCACAAUCUUGGUGUCUAUUCUCGUGGCUGCUGCUGUGGUAGUGGUGUUGUAUUUCACAGGAAGAAUACACUUUUGAUGUUGAAGUGUCUCAAUGGAAAGGAAGGAUGAAUGAAACGAAGAAGGAAACUGAUCUUCGGAACUACUUUUGACGAUACGUAAUGAAAUGAUACGACAAUGAUAAUGGAAUGGCACUUUAGAUGGAAGGAAAUAGUAUUCGAUUCGACAGGUUCGACGGCAUGACAACAACGAACUCAAUGGUGCAGAUAUCUUUCUUGCGCGGAUUUUUGCAAAGAAUUGCUUUGUUCCCGACUGAUUCGAUUUGGAGGAACGAAUGGUGAAUGGAUGGACGGAUAAGAAGUUUGAUCAAGCGACUCGAUGGAAAGUAUGAGUAUGUAUGCAUGGUUAUAUUUUGAUACGUCUAUCAUACCAGAGUCUUAGGGAGUAUGGAAUGGAUCGCAAAUUGUAUCUGUCGCUACAAAUUCACAAUUGCUGGCUGGGUUCAUCGUCUUUGAUGUCGAUGCUCAAUGUGCUUGGUUCGAUUUGGAUUGAGAUGGAUGGACGGAUGGGUAUGGAAUGGAAUGGAUGGGAUGGGACGGGACGGGGUGGGAUGAAGAAAAGACAGUGCUGGAAUUGGUAUUUGUAUGAUUACGGAUAUUGAUGACUGGCUACUGGCAGAAUGGAGGAAAACAAAAUAGAUAAAUCAAAUCAAUCAAAUGGCAAAAAACAUGUUAAAACUUCAUGGGAGAUUCAGAAAGAAACGCAUUGAUGUAUCGCAUGUAAUGCAUAUGCA